CUCAUCGUGGGUGAAGAACUGAAAGAGUGGUCUUUAGAGACGAGAGAGAGAGAGAGAGAGAAGCGAAGCAAAAGCGAGUAAAGCAACUUCUCAGUAAUCUCCGCCGAACGCUCCGACUUCGAAAUCGGAAUCAUCGUUUCUGAAACUGAAACUAUUGCUUUGAUUGGAUUUGGAACCAGAGAGGUGAGCGUUAACUUCCCCGAUUUCGCCUCCAUGAUCUUCCCUUGAUCCCUCUUUUCUACUUCGUGUCUCACUUGAUUUUUGAGCCGCUAAACUCUAGAGAUUUUGUUACCAUCAUAGUAUCCGGCAAAGAGAGAUUUCAGAUGUUUAUACAGGACGGUUAUACCAACGGAUAUAACGAUCAUCAUCCCCAAUUCUCAUCGUCGACGUCUCAGAGAGAUGUCACUUAUAGUUGUGGUUCUUGUGGGUAUGUACUGAACUUGAGUUCCUCCAAUCGGAACACCUCGAUCAUUGGAUCUAAAUAUGGAAAAUCCAUGAAGAAAGGGAUCAUAUCAUUCUUCUCAAUUGAUGAGAGCAGAUUCACUCAAAUUGAUGAGCUCCGCUGCAUACCUUUUUUCAUCUCCAAGCACUCCUGGGGUUUGUUCCGCCGAAGAACGAAGAUUCUCUGCCGUAAAUGUGGGAACCAUAUUGGUCAUGCUUAUGAGGCCUCUUCAAGCCUUGAAUCCGAUGGAUCGGAUAUCAGCUCAGCAAAUGUGAACUCUGUUUAUAGAAAGUAUGAUGUCAAAAUUCGUGCUUUACAACCCUCAUCCUCGGAUGAUUCUGGUGUUCCUCUGGUUAUUUGAUGUACAUUGGCAGGACUCCUUUGUGUAUGCCAUGGCCUGCUUAAAGAUCCAUCAAACAACCAGGCAGGCUUGAGGACUGUGGAAAUGUUAUCUUUAUUUUGGAAUGGAGUGUGAGAGUUAUCAUCAUUCAUCACCAUUUUGGUCAAAUUCAUUGCUUUGGAAAGGUCCUACAGGUGAGAAUUCCAUUAAUGAUUGUCAUCCUCAACCGAUAAAUUAUGGAUGAGGCUGCAUUGUUGAAUGGUGAAGGGUUUGUGUUGUAGUUGAACUUACUGACGAUCACAGCUUUGUUUUUAUGUAAAGGUCUUUUGGUCUUUGUGGAUGGCCUAUAUUGCUAAUACCCUCAUAUUUAUUGGUAUAUACCUUGUUUCUUCAGUUGUC